AUCGCACUUACUUAUCGAAAGUUACAUCCAUGCACCAAUAUUAUAAACUAGUUGCCAAAAAAAAUUAAGGGUUACCUUUUAUAACACUAGUUACAACCUUAGGGAUACCCAUAACUAUAAUGGAAGAAUUUAUUGAUAGGGAUCUAGUACAUAGGUCUACGGAAUUUGUUGUUGAUCAUUUGAUUCAUCAACCAAACUACAACUAUUUCAAUGAUCCUGAACAGAAAUUACUAGUUGAACAUAAUUGGCGUCAGUUGGUUGCAAAUGAAAAUCAAGAUGAAUCAUUGACAAAUAAUCGUCGCCGUUUGGCUUUCUUGAUAUCCAAUUAUCAUAUUAUCACUCCAGAAAAUCGUUAUCUGAAACUUGAAGAGUGGUAUAUCCUAAGUGACUAUUACAAACAUGAUCUCCGUGCUACAAUAAAGGUGUUAAACAUCUUGAUAAUUAGAAUUCUUAUCUCGAAUGAUGUCUUAACAAAACCUGUGUUAAAUUUGUUUGAAUUGUCUCUGCGGUUAGCUGUUCCAAUGCCCGGGUUUACUGCAAUUGUUAAUAAUAAUAAAAAAAGAAAAGAAGAAGCAGAACAAGCAGAAGAAGUUGAAGAUGAUGAUAAACAAACUACUAUGACUGGGAGGAAAUCAAACUUCACUUUACUGAUAUUAACAGACAAUUACACAAAUGUUGCUGGUAUAUUCAAUGAUUAUAAUCAGAUCUCUCCUAAAAUAGAUGAAAUGAAUAAUUCAUACAUUGAAAAUAAAAUUAAGGAAUUUAAAAUUGACAAGUCUUUUUUAUUGAAGGAAAAUGAAGUCACUUUGAGGAACCCCAUUGGUCUGAGUUCGAAUGAAGCUGGUGUAUCCGAACAUGUCAGUUCCUAUUUGAUAAGUCCCGUUCAAAAAUAUCUCGAUAGCACUUUUAAUAAUGUACACAUAUUGACUCAGUCUGGUUUAAAUCCAAAAGUUAAGCCGGACUUUGUUUUGGCCGUUGAAAAAGACGCUCAUGUCUAUUAUACAACCAUUGAAAUAAAGAUAGCGGGAAUAGAGAUAGCCUACAAUAAAAGGAAUGAAAGAGGCAAUAAGAAAUUUAUUAAUUUAUUUAAUCAAAUUAUAUACCAAAUGGUUACGUGUGAAACAUCCCUAGGCUUUGGCCUUGACCAAGAAACACUAUUGAUAGUGGAAAUUUGUGAAACCUCAAUUGAAAAAAGGACUGAUGUAUUUGAUGGUUUUAAAUAUGAGUUAAAUUGUCGUAUAGGAUGCUUUAAACAUUCUAAUUCCGAUUACAAUAUUUCGUUUUUAUUAUUGCUUUUUACAAGCACCCAUUUCUCUAGUGUUGAUGAAUCAGAGAAACAAGCAAUGAAGGCUUUACUUAAAGACGUAGAGUUAACAGAAGAAGACAAAAGGUUAAAUUGGAUUGAGCAAGAAAAAUUUAUGACCAAAGAAUGGGAAAGCCACUUUAGCAGCUUCAAUAACACAGGUAAGUCAUUUGUUCAUAAAAUUCACCUGGAAGUGAUAUUAGAUAAAGAUUUAUAUGAUGAAAUCAAAUACAUGAAUUUCAAUCAUCCAAUUUUUGAUGAAAGUGAUUUUGAAAUAACUGGCAUAAUGCAAGGAGGAAUCCUCCUGAAGAAUAAGUACUACUCGCAAGUGAGAAGAAUAAGAUUUAAAUCAGGUUCCAAUGCAGGAAUCGAUAUGAUUUUGAAGGUAUACAAUCCAAUCAGCGCACCUAAGUACAAUGGAAUUCUGCAAAUGUCCAGAUUCCUUCACGCCUAUUCAUUUUCACUAUCUAACUUCUUAACAGAAGUUACUACUUAUAAAGAGCUAAGGGAUACACAAGCUAAUGGAUAUUUAGAGAUUAAACCAGAUACAACCAGAGUUAACGGUCAAAUUUCAAAAUUAAACGUUGUUCCCUACUUAUACCAGUAUGGGUUCAUUAAGCUCAGCAAACAAACAGAAUUACAAGGCUUUUAUUUGCUACAGGAGUAUAUAGAGGAUUCAUCAGAAUCUCUAACUCCUGAAGAGCUAUAUUCAAAAAGCUUGAAAUCACUAGCAAUUAUACAAGAUCAUCAAAUAAUACAUAACGACCUACAUAGAGAUAACAUAUUAUACCAUGCAGGUAAGGACCGAGUCUACAUAAUAGAUUUUGGUCAACUGUACUUCGUUAGAAAGUUUCCUUUUUUUAAGUGCUGUAAGGAUGGUGCUAAACUAGAAGAGGAACGUGCAGUUUUAAAGUUAGAAUGCCAAAAAAGGAAACAACGUAAAAUAGAACUUGUGGUUGGAUCCCAAAGCUAAAUAAUAUAUAUAUUGCUACUUUUAUAAUUCUACAUUUAUUGCUAGUAAUAGUUUGCGUAGUCAUAAGUUAUAC